CACGCUUUGUGUCUGUCUCUCUCUCUCUCUCGUUUCCAUUGCGAACGCAUCCCGGCGCGUCGUCGCCGCGAAACUCGGUCCGCCUAGGCGACUGAGAUCGAAACGGCGACGGACCGAAGUAUGUCCGUCGAUAGAGCAUCGUAACUCGUAGCGGAAGCUCGGAUUCGAGCGCGAGGUGAAGCCCCAGCAUGGCCAGCAGAUGACUGUUAGCCGAGCCGGUGCUCGUACUGACCCUAAUAUGAGCGAAGUGGUGGCGGUGACGCCGACUGGUGGAUCUACGCGCCAGGAAAGCGUGACGCACAUUAAACGGCACAAACUGGCCGGCUGUAAUGUUCCUCUCGUGCACGGUCGGCCGAAUCCGUCGAUCAGUCCACGCAGCAGACUGACCACGCAUCAACGAAACCACAGUUUGGACUUCAGAUCAAUGGGUAUCCUACUACCGCCGGUGCCUCAGGCGACCGCAACGACGUUGACGCACCACCACAGGAAUCGGAGCCUGGAUUCCGCUCUGCAACGAAUCCCGGAAGUGGACGUUACGCCAAGCCCGGAAUGCGAGAACCCCGCGCCUUCAUCGGUCUCUAAGACGACGACGGUAUCGUCAUCGUCCUCGGGACCAUGCGGCAAGGGCGCGCGUACCGCACGGGAACGCGAGGACCUGGUCAGUCUCGGCUCCGACGACUCCGGCAUCCUGUGCGGUUCCGACAGUGGCUCGAGCGACGCCACGAACGCGCCCGCCACCCGUGAGUCCAGCGUGGAUCAUCUGCACAGCCGCGAGAGCCUCGAUUCGUCCGUGUCGCAGCCGGGCGACGUGUGCUCGGCCGACGUGGUGGACGGUAUGGAGAACGGUGCUGGUGUGGUGUCGGUGUCGAUGUCGGUGCCUGUGUCGCCCGUGGAACUGUCCACGCGUCUCAGUGACAGUCCAGGAUCUCCCGCCUCCCCCGGGAGCGAGGAGACCAACGGUGAUCGUCCCGGUGCGAACGAUGGUGAACGUCGCUCGCAGGAAUUGCGACCGAAUGUGAACGCGCGGGAACGUAACACGGAACGUGACGAUCAACGUCAGGAUUACCAGCACCAGGAACGCGUCGAUAUCUACCAAGGCGCUAUGCAAAUGGUGUCGCCGUUGCCCGUGGCCGACACCAGCCAGAGCGAGUUAACCGGAGCGGCCAUGACCCUCUGCUGCGGCACAGCCGCGACGCAGCAGCAGGAAGUCGAGACGGUGAAGAAGCAGUCGGAUGUCGUUCGCCGGCAGCAACAAGAGACGAAACAGCCGAAACCGUCGGAAGGCUGCCUGCUGCGGCUUUUUGAGAGCCAGAUUUUCGACAUGUCCAUGGCUAUAUCCUAUCUGUUCAAUUCCAAAGAACCCGGCGUUCAAAGUUAUUUAGGUAACAAGAUGUUCAGUUUUCCGGAUAACGAUGUGGACUUUUACUUACCGCAGUUAGUUGUGAUGUACAUACAACUUCACGAUGUAACAGAAGUCCUUUAUCCAUAUCUUGUCCAUAGAUGUAGACAGUCGGCAGAUUUCUCGUUAAAAUGUGCCUGGCUGUUAGACGCGUAUAGCUCCGAUGCUCAUUUGCCGUCAAAGAAGAAGUCUCAUGGGACCAAAUUGAAAAAUCUUAUCCUGUCAGAUGAACUCAGGCCAAAGGGAAAUGAGAGUCGAAAGCAGCGUGUCGCUGGAUUGCAAGUUCCUGCGCCAUCACCGUUGCCCUCGACGCAAAAUCUUACGUCGCCGAAUAAAAAAACCCACCAAAGAUCUCAAUCCGAUGCUACUGGAUUAUUCCAGACUAUACGCCGUAGUCAUUCCGGUAUAAUAAAUAAAGUAAGUCUUGGGGACCUGAGCUCUGGUCGAGCGUUUGACAACGGCUGUACCUGCUUCUAUUCCUGCCAAGGUGUGGUGAACGAUUUGCGAGGCCAAAAAACCGAUUGUUUUUGCAAUGCACCCCGACUCGCGCCAGAACUCGAAUUUAUUCAAGCUCUAAUAUCAAUUGGUAAAUUGCUCGGGACUAUCCCAACAAAGGAAAGUAAAACCGUUCAAUUAGUGGCGGAGCUCAAUACGCUUAACUUGAAUCUCCCUGCGAGGGUGUGGCUUCCUCUGCACAGUACGAUACCGCAUCAUAUCGUGCGAGUUCCGCCACAAUACGCCGCCGUACUCAACAGCAAGGAUAAGGCACCCUAUAUAAUAUAUGUGGAAGUGUUAGAGGUGGAGGAUUUAUACACAUCACCUGUGCCGACGAAAAUAAUGGGCAGUUCGUUGAGGCAUACCAAGUCCGAAGAAAACUUGACGGGCGGCGAGCAAUCCAACAUAUCGACUUCUGACAGUCAACAAAACUCAGCGGUACGACAGACUCCCGUGAAAAAUAUCUCACCUUAUUCUGUUAGAAAUACAGAUGUGGCAUUUAAUUUUCCCGAUGACGAUCCUAAUGAUUGUUGGAGCCAGGAGGACGACGAGAUUACACAGCAGUAUUUGCAGCUUCGCAAACCAAAAGAUCGAGAUACUAUAUCGCAAUUGAGUCAAGAAUCGUCCGAUAGCAGAGAGCCAAUCUUCGUGCCGGGUGAUAUCAAGAGAAGAUUGAGCGAAAUGGCAGCUACACCUAGCGCGACUUUUAACCACGAUCCCGAAGAUCCAUCGGCGGCGGUCCUCAAGGAGCCGUGGGAGCAGAAGCAACGACGCAUAAGAGCUUCCAGUCCGUAUGGUCAUCUGGCAUCUUGGAGAUUACUCGCUGUGAUUGUGAAAUGUGGUGAUGAUCUCAGACAAGAACUCCUCGCCUCGCAGCUGCUUUCAAUGUUGCAAAAAAUUUGGCAAGAUGAACAAGUGCCCCUUUGGGUGCGGCCAUACAAGAUACUAUGUCUGUCCAACGACAGUGGUUUGAUCGAGCCGAUCUUGAACACCGUCUCGCUCCACCAAGUGAAGAAGCAGUGCCAAUUAACGCUUUUCCAAUAUUUCGAACGAGAGUUCGGACCUUCUACCUCAGAUACGUUUCGCGUUGCGCAGAGAAAUUUCAUUCAGAGUUGCGCCGCGUAUUGUUUGGUCAGUUAUCUCAUUCAAGUAAAAGAUCGCCAUAAUGGCAAUAUUCUGCUGCACAGCGAUGGCCAUUUGAUCCACAUAGAUUUCGGAUUUAUCUUGUCGACCUCGCCGCGGAAUCUCGGCUUCGAGACCAGUCCGUUUAAACUGACACCGGAAUUUGUCGAAGUGAUGGGUGGCAAUCAGUCCAAACUCUUUGAGGAAUUUAAGAGCCUCAUUCUUCAAGGCUUAAUCGCGGCACGGAAGCAUAUGGAGAAGAUUGUUAACCUCGUUGAGAUUAUGUUGUCGGGCUCUCAGCUUCCGUGUUUCCGUAGCGGUGGGGCAGCGACUGUUCAAGGUCUUAAGAAUAGGUUUCAUCUCACGCUAACGGAGGAUCAAUUGCGUCGGCAUGUCGAGGAUUUGGUCGAAGGCAGCAUUCAUUCGUGGUCCACUAAACUCUAUGAUCGAUAUCAAUAUUUCGCAAACGGCACUCUUUAAUAUCAAGACUAACUUUUCUGUCUAUCGCGUUUCAAUUAAAACUCUUUCGCGAGGUGAUUAAAUGGGAUAUCAAUUCGAUACGUGUUGUGGUACUUCUUCCACAAUUUUUACAUACACUUAAUAGCUCUGUUGACCAAUCGGCGGUUGUGUGCCGGUCAAAAAGUAUAUAUUCAAACCAGUCUGCCGCGUCAGAAAACCUGUUCCGUAUCAUAGGUUGUGAUAAAAAUGUGGAGAAAGCAUAAUUUAUAGAUAAUUGGCAUUAAUUCUUUGGUAUUUAAAUUGUGUUUUAUUUUGAGAAAAAGUUUCUUAUCAGUCAAUUCAAUGUGUACAUAAAAGAUCAUAAUUGCAUGGCGCGGAAAAAAAAAAUAGAAAAUUCUUUCUGGGCACUUAAGCUGAUUUCGGUUGUGCAACGCUAUUUUCAAGCAUUCCACAAGCACAAAUGACGUUUUAAAGUGGAAAAAUCGCUUUCCUCUUAAACAUGUAGAUAGCCUGAUUAGGCUAAGCGUAUAGAAUUCAGAUAGAUUGUGAUUCUUUGAUUUCAAUGUUAUUCCUUGCUUUUGUGACGGGCAAAAAACGAUAUGAAAUAUUUUUAGCGAAAUUCAAAGCGAUCUCGAUAAAAUGUUUGAUAAAUUAUUAAGAACCUUUGAUAAGUAAAUGGAAUAUAUCUUAUGAGAACAUGACUUGGUUGAAGGGGAUAUGAGCGCUUCGUUAAAAGUUAAAAAUAUUUAUCGUCGUUUGAGAAAUUAAGUGAUGAAAGAAGGAAUGAUCUAUAAAAAAAUUUGGCAUCCAGUUGAUUACAUAUAUCCACUAUAUAUAACGUUUUUUUGUUCGAUACUAAGACUGCUGUUGUUUACGUAUGCCUCGAUUGACAAAUUGCGAAUUAGCUGUCGCCGCAGCGCAGACGUGGCGUCAUUGACUGAGCGCGUUGGACUGCUAAAUCGUGUAUAGCUUAUAUAAACAGCGUAAUUUGUUAAAGGUGCCUUAUUUGUGUAGAGAAAUGUGGCGGAGACGAUCAAAUCAUCAGACAAGUGAAGUGACGUGUUAUUAUAGCGUGGCAAUCUUAGCAUGGAGCUGAUUAAGCGUGAAGCGGACAAUCUGUUCUGUAAUUUGUACAUAUAGCGAAGAAAAUGAAUGGAGAGACAAGCAUCGCAUGGACUUUCAGA